AUGUGGACUGCUUGGUGUGUGGCUGCUCUGUCUGUGGCAGCUGUGUGUGGCGUCCACCAAGAGACAAACACUGUCCUCAGAGUUACCAAAGACGUGCUGAGCAAUGCCAUUUCUGGCAACCUGAGACAAAGCGAUGCUCUCCACUCAGCUCUGAGAGAGGUGCCCAUGGGUGCUGGUGGUGUUCCAUACAACGACUUCCAUGUCCGAGAUGCUCUCCCAAAAUAUACGAAUGGCCACCAGCUUGGCGGUAAUUACAAGUAUGGUCGCAUCGACACCAAUGACAACGCUGCUCAGCUAGGGGGCAAAUACCGAUAUGGUGAAAUCCUUGAGCCUGAUGGAAGCAUCAGAGACCUCCGAAACAGCGACUACCGCAACGCUGUGAAUGCACAGGGUGGCCAAAGGGGCUUUCCACGGUAUAGGUCAGCCAAGGGUACAGCGACCGUGGGCAGGCUUCACCGGCGAGAGCUGCGGCCGGGAGAGCUCCCACCUGGUGUAGCCACUGGGGCUCUGGGUCCAGGUGGUUUGCUGGGCACUGGUGGCAUGUUGGCAACCGAAGGCAUCCUGUCAGGACAAGGUGGCCUGCUUGGCGGAGGUGGUCUCCUUGGUGACGGAGGACUUCUCGGAGGAGGGGGCCUCCUGGGCGUGCUCGGCGAGGGCGGCAUCCUGAGCACAGUGCAAGGCAUCACGGGGCUGCGGAUUGUGGAGCUGACUCUCCCUCGGGUGUCUGUUCGGCUUCUGCCCGGCGUGGGUGUCUACUUGAGCUUGUACACCCGCGUGGCCAUCAACGGGAAGAGUCUCAUUGGCUUCCUGGACAUCGCUGUGGAGGUGAACAUUACGGCCAAGGUCCGGCUGACCAUGGACCGCACAGGCUACCCUAGGCUGGUCAUCGAGCGAUGCGACACCCUCCUGGGCGGCAUCAAAGUCAAGCUGCUGAGAGGCCUUCUCCCCAACCUCGUGGACAACUUAGUGAACCGAGUCCUGGCCAAUGUCCUCCCUGACUUGCUCUGCCCCAUCGUGGACGUAGUGCUGGGUCUUGUCAACGACCAGCUGGGUCUCGUGGACUCUCUGAUUCCUCUGGGGAUAUUGGGAAGUGUCCAGUACACCUUCUCCAGCCUCCCGCUUGUGACUGGGGAAUUCCUGGAGCUGGACCUCAAUACUCUCGUUGGGGAGGUUGGAGGAGGGCUCAUCGACUACCCCCUGGGGCGUCCAGCCAUGGCUCCCAGGCAAGAGAUGCCAGAAUUGCCCCCCAUGGGUGACAAUACCAACUCCCAACUGGCCAUUUCUGCCAACUUCCUGGGCUCGGUGCUGACUCUCCUGCAGAAGCAAGGGGCACUGGAUGUUGACAUCACCGAUGGCAUGUUUGAAGAGCUUCCUCCACUCACCACAUCCACACUGGGAGCCUUGAUUCCCAAGGUGUUCCAGCAGUACCCUGAGUCCCGCCCACUCACCAUCAGGAUCCAGGUGCCGAACCCACCUUCAGUGACACUACAGAAGGACAAAGCGCUGGUGAAGGUGUUUGCCACCUCUGAGGUUAUGGUGUCCCAACCCAAUGAUGUCGAGACCACAAUCUGCCUCAUCGAUGUGGACACAGAACUGUUGGCCACGUUUUCCGUGGAGAGCAAUAAGCUCAUGAUCGAUGCCAAGCUGGACAAGACCAACCUCAACCUCCGAACCUCAAAUGUGGGCAAUUUUGAUGUUGGCCUCAUGGAGGUGCUGGUGGGGAAGAUCUUUGACCUGGCGUUUAUGCCCGCGAUGAACGCUGUGCUGGGCUCCGGUGUCCCUCUCCCCAAAAUCCUUAACAUCGACUUCAGCAAUGCAGACAUCGACGUCUUGGAGGACCUACUGGUGCUGAGUGCCUGA